AUGGGAGCUUGUUGUACUAAAAAGUCUAACAGAGAUGCUGGAAUUCAAUAAUAGAUAGAAAAAACUAUUAUAGAACAAUAAAAACUACGUGAAGAAGAAGAGGAAGAAGAAAUUCAAUAUAAUUAAGGAAAUAAAGAUAACUCAACUAAGAGAUCAAUUCAUAUUGUUUAAACAACAAUGUAUACUAAUUAAGAAAAAUAAGAUGAUGGAAUAGUUGAAAUCAUUUAGGAAGAAGAGAAGAUUGAAUAAAAACCUGUUAAAAAAACUAAAUAAAAAAUUACAAAAGAUGAUAUUAAUUAUUUUAAAAAAUAUGAACAUGUAUUACAUUUGAAGGCAAUUAUUGUGGAAUUAAUAAAAAAUGAAGUAAGUCACUAUUAUUCUUUGAUAAUGAGAGUGGAUUAUAAGGAUUAUAUAGGAGAAGCAAAAAUGAAUGGAAUCUUGAUUACUUCAAGUGAAUUCCAUUAUUUUAGUAUUAAGCCUGAAAAAUAUAGUGAUGCAAAUUAAUAUUCUAGAUUUUCUACUUUCUUUUCUAAUGAUAAUUAUUUUAAUGCAGAUAAAGAGAGUGUUAAUAAUUUUAAUGCUUUUGAUAAGCUUUUGUCUGUAGAAAGAAUAGUUAGACUUAAAUAAGUAGAAAAGAGGGUUCGUAGAAAGUAGACUCUUUUAAUAGAAAAAGAAUCAAUUUCUCCUGUUAAGAAUAAAUUGGAAUUCUUUGAUUCAAAACAAUAAGAAAUGCUUGAAGUGAUUACUAUUGUGGAUAUUGAAGAUUAAGAGAGAUUUUAAUGUCUUUUAUUUCAUAUUCUUUUACAGUAACAAUUACCAGAACUUAAUUAAUAUUUAGUGUUUAUUUAAAAUGCUACAUUUCUCUUUGAUAGGCCACCUUAAUUUGAUGCACCUAAUAUAUAUAGAAUUGCAUUAUUUUAUGAUAGAUUGGAUUAUUCAUUGAAAGAUUUAUAAGCAGUUUUGAUGAAAGAAAAUAAGGAGUUAUCAUCUCAUUUACAUAAGAAAUUAUCUUUAAAUCUAAUUCAAAUAUUAUAUAAUUGUUAUUCUAAAUAUAUAUUCAGACUUAAUUUUACACUAUCAACUGUUUUUUAUAAUUAAAGAAGUAAGUGUUUUAAAUUGGAAUCUUUUGGGAGAUUAAAAAGUUUACUUCCUUUUUAAUCAAAUACAGAAAUGCUUUUGAAAUCAGUUGAAGAAAAAAAGUAUAUAGCUUUUAAAAAGGCUUUGAAAAGAGAUUUAUUUGCACUGUGUGAUUUGAUAAUGUAUUUUAAAGAAAUAGGAAAUGUUACUUUAAGAUCUAUAUAAGCUAAAAGAAAAAAGUUUAUAAAAUCUAUGGAUGGAGGGAAUGAUAAUGAUGAUGCAUAGGAAUAAAGUGAUAAUUAUCUUCAUUUGGCUGAAGAACGAUUUAAUCAUAAUUCUGAUAAAUAUAUAUUUGAAUUUAUCAAAAUGGUCAUAUUUACAACUAGAGUAGAUUCCACAGAAACAAUUAUGAUUAAUCUUUAAUCAAUAAUUGAAAGUUUACAGAAGUAAAUAUCUACAUAUGAAAAUAAAUUGGAGAAUUAAGAUGAAUAUAAAGAAUAAUAGUAAAAUGAAAGUCCUUAAAAGAAUGAUAAUGUUGAAGUAAUCAAUUUGAAUGAGCUAAAUUUAAGUUAAUCUGAAAUCUCGGAUACAGAUAAUAUUAAUAAAAAAUAUUUUGAAUCUUUUGAUAUUGAUUUCUAAAAUGAAUUCUCUCAAUUAAUUAAGAAUAAAGAUAAAUUAAGUGAAUCUGAAUCAAUAUAUAAAGAUAUACUCUAUUAAUCACUCUUUUAUUAUAAUGAAGAGUACUAUUAGGAAUUGCGAUCAAAACUAAAUAGUCAGAAUCUAUCAAAAUUACAAUAGGCUUAGAUAAUUAUUUUAAAUGCUUUUAGUAAAAUUAAAUAAAUGAAGGAUGAAUCAUGGGAAGUAAAAUAUCAAGAAAUAUCUCAACUUGUAGAAGAAGCUAUUCCAAUAAUAAACAGUAUUAAUGAAGAUAGUUAUGAUAACUUUCACAUUUCAAUUUUAUUUUAAAUUUUAUCUUUAUCUCAAAGAAAACCUUUGGUUAUUUUAAAUUAGUUAUAAAGAUGUUUAACAAAACAACUUGAGCUAAAAUAGAGAUUAAUAAAUAGAUUAAGAGGAAAGAAUAUAGCAAAAGGAUUGAUAGAGUAGAAGAAGCAUGUAAUGAUAUAAACAAUGUAUGCUUAAUCAUAUUUAAAUUCUAAUCAUUACUUUGAAGCAAUUACAAAAAUAUAAAAGAUUAUCGGUUUUCAAUUAAAGAAUUUUCAUACACCUUCUUUAAUAUAUGGAUAUUCAUUAAUGAUUAGUGGUGAAAUUGCAAGAUUGAGUUCUUAACCUAUUUCUGCAAUGCUCAAUUUAGAAAUGAGUUUAACUAUCUACAAUUAGUUUUUUCCAGAAUCAAUUAUUUAAUAUAUUUAAUCAGAUGAAUAAUUUAAUCAAUAGAAAUUUAAAAGAGAAGGUGAUUAAUAAUUAUUGUAAUAGGAUAACAAUUAAACAUAAUUAAAAGAAAUUAAGUUUUAAAAUCUUGCUACAAGUAAUUUGGCUUAAGUAGAAUUCCUCUUGGGAAUGAGUUAUUUUGAUUCUCAUGAUUAAGAAAAUGCUUUAAAAAGUUUAAGUAGAGCUUAAACAUUGAUGAUGAGAUCAUUUGGUAUAUUUGCAGAUGAAGUUAUUGCUUUGGUUUUAUAUUAACUCAAUAUCUAUGUAUUAUAAGAUGAUGUUGGUUCAGUUAUGAAAAUUGCAAUGAAAUAUUCUAUUGAAAUGAAUAAAUAAUAUAAAUUAGGAAAAUAAUUCAAAAGAAAAUGUAUAGCUAAAUUGUAGUUUAUUAUUGGAUGCAUAUUUCAAUUUUGUGGAUCAUAUUUAAGUGCUUUGAGAUUUAUUGAAAGAUCUAAUAGAACAUUAUCAAAUGCAAAACUAAAUAAUUUUAUUAUUUAAGCACAUUAUUAAGCAAAAAAGAUGACUAUUAUUGAAUAAAUUAAAAGAGCAUUUGCUAAAAUUAAAAGUAAAUAAUUAUUAAGAGGAUAAUUAGAAUUGAAUUAAUUUUAAUCUCUGCAUGAAGUUUUAGGAUCUGCGUUUUAAAAUUAAUUCUUUUGCUAAUCAAUUAAAUAUCAUACUUCUAUUCUAUUUAAAAAAUAUUUUAAAUACAUUCUAUAAAUAUAGGGUUUAAUUAGAAUUGGAGAAAAUGAAAAAGCCAUUCAUCAUAUUAAUGAACUUUUAAAAUCAAUAUCUAAAGCAAAGAAGGAUGAACUUUAUGCAUAUCUUAAAGAUAAAUUGAAUCUUAUUACUAUUGAAUCUACUUAAAUUAUAAACUAAAUUUCAGAUUUUUAAAAACUUAUUGAAAUACAUGAUAGAUAUUUGCAAUUUCCUAUUAAAUAACAUUAUAAAUUAAAAUCUUUUAUUAUUUUAAUGUGCUUAUAUGCUAAAAUUGGAGAUCUUAAAAAAUUUAAUGAAACAUCAUCUAAAAUUGAAGAUUUCGUAUAAGAUAUUUAUUAAUUAUUGAAUUGGUAAAUGACAGUACCUAAUGAUUUAACUAUUAAUUAUGGUAAAUUUGAAAGAUUAAAAAAUCGAAGUAAAAUUCAAAUUUUGUUUCAAAUUUAAUAAAUUAUGGAAUUAAUAUAAUAUUUUUAUAAUAUAAGAAAAAAAUUGUAUGAUUCAUUUGAAAAUUAAUAACAAUUAAAAGAAAUUGCAAUAACAGUAUUUAAACGAUUGACAACUUAAUCAAAACCAAUUUAAUAAAAAUAUAUUGAUAGAAAAUUAUAAUGCUUAUUUGGUGUUUCAUCUAAAGUUAAAAUUUAAAAUGUAGAAAAAGAAAAUUAAAACAUACAAAUAAAUCAUAAUCAAUAAGAAAAAUCUACUUAAAAUAUUACGAAUACCUAACAACCAGAAUAAAUCGAUGACCAACACAAUAGUAAAUUAGUUUUUGACUUAAGAAGUUAUGAGGAAAUUGUGUAAUCUCGAAAACAACAGAGAAAAAAAUCUCAUCAUUAAAAAUAAUAAUCUUAAGAACUUUAAAUAGAAAAAAAAGAAAUCAAAGAAAUAAAAGAAAUCAAAGAAUCAAAACAUAAAAGGAAUGUUACUGAAGUAACAGCAGCAACCUCAAAUAAAACUAAAAAAAAACAACCUUUUAAAUUAAACCCUUUUCAAAAUACAAUUAAAAAUCCUAAAAGAUGAC